AAAACCCAAAAAAAAAUCUCACUUUUUUUCUUUGCUACAGUUCUCUUUUCUCUCUCUUUCUCUCAGCAGACAUCAAUUCCCCUUUUUUGACUAAAAUUCCGCGACUUGGGGUUUUGAUCCAUUCCCCCCAGUGAAUCAUCAUCUCUCACCUUCACUGCUUUUUUCUUCUUCUCCAAAAACAAAAAUCACUCCUUUUUAUUUUUUUCUCUUAUUCGUCUGGAAUUUUUUAAUUUGGGGGAAAAGAAAAGAAAAAAAACUAUGGUGGUGCUGAUCAAAUAAAUCAAAAUCUUUCUGGUGUGUUGUUUGUUGGUUUUGUGAGAGAGAUGGGUAAAGAGGAAACUGGUGCUGUCAAAGAAGCUAAAGGGAAUUCGAAAUCGGAGAAAUCUAAAGAGAGUGAGAAUCACAGGAAGAAUAAGAAGAAGCAGAGCAAUGGUGAUGAUACUAGUAGAUAUCACGAAGAAGAAGAAGAAGAAGAAGAAGAAGAAGGAGAAGAAGCAAGUGGUUGUUGGGUCAAGUUUAGGUUUAUGAUUGGUUGUGUACCUUCUUCAAAAUCAGACCUUGAUGCUUCUUCUUCCUCUAUCUGUGGCACUACCAGCACUGUUACAACAAUUGAAAGCAAGUCGGCAAAUGAGAAAUCAAAUGAUCAACCAGUUGCNUAUUUCCCUAAGAUAACAAUUCUAGGAGUUCUUCUGGAUCUAUCAGCUAGGAUUAGAGAAAUCUGA